AUGAAAAAUGCCGGUUAAAAUCAGUAGAGAAGUAUUAGAAGUAGUACUAGACUUGAUCUAAGCAUCAAUGUAUUUAGCUUUUGAAAAAUUAACUGGGACACUAGUAAACCACAAAAGAACAACAUUUUAAUACUGGGUGGCAGUGAGGCACAGCCCAAUCAAGAAAGGUCUCUCCCUCGCAAAAAGCGGGGGUGAUUUAUUCAGCUGAAAACGUACGGCAAACAGACUUGGAAUGAUGUUUUGCGUGAAGGUGUUCAACCUAUAAUCAAGCCGUCAAACUAGGAAAAAGUCUAUCAUGUAGUAAAGUUAUAGAAACUUCUUGUCUAAAGAUGUUCUUUCACUUAAAGAGUUUGAAUUAUUAAUGACCUUAGAAAACAGCAGCCGCGGAGCUUUAUUCGUUUUCUGACUAUCUCACAGACACACCUUAAAGAUAUCACUCUUAACUCUACGAUAAGAAAAAAAUGCAAUUAAUUUAGCGCCAGAUGGAAGUUGUACCUAUCAAAACUGACAGGGUUAAACCUAGGUGCAUACUGAUUUCAAAUUUGUUGUCUUUUGUCCUGUGGGUAGGGGCGGAAAGAAAACCAAGGGGUGGAGGGCGAGGAUGGUAACUGACACAGUGAGUUAAUUCACAGGGAUUUCCUGUCUAGAGCCACUCUUUCACGAAUAAAACCACGCAACAACGAAAAAAAAACUGAGUUCACUUAAAACUUAGUCAAAAACUAAUGAAAGAGUCGACUUUGGCUCUGCCAGGGAAACUUAAUUCUUUUAUGUUAAAAGAUAUACCCUAACAUGUGUUUUUGCACAAUUUUAGAUAUAGACGAGUGUUCUAACAACGCUCACUGCUGUGAUGUGAACGCUGUGUGUACAAAUGCCCAAGGAUCGUAUUCUUGUGCAUGCAAAGCUAAAUAUACAGGAAAUGGUACAAAAUGUGUACUUGCCGGUAAGAAAAAAACAUUCCCUGUAAAAAUAUUUUUAAAACAUGCUACUUUUCCCCUUUAGCUUAAAAUUUAAUGUCUUGCUGCCCAUUCAGUAAAACAAAAACCCAUUCCGCCCAGGCCUUCGGUAUGCUAGUACUGAUCAUAUAGCACGCACACACUUGCUUAAAAAAGCAGGGACCACUAUGGGGCGGGGUGGGCUAUAGUUACCGUAAAAUUCCGAAAAUAAGCCCCUCCAUGCAUAAGCUCCCCAAACUUGUAACGCAAAAAACCCUUCGUCAAAAUCGCCCCUCCAAAUAUAAGCUCCCCGGGGGCUUGUACUUGGAAAUUCCCCUCAUAUAUUACAAAGUAAGACAAAGCAAAAACGGUAAAUUUCCUUCCAACUAUAAGGCUAGCCGAAUCGAUUUUGAAACGCAAAUUUCCCUCCAUAGAAAAGCCCCUCCAAAAAUAAGCCUCUCAAAAAGGGCCUUUGAAAAAUGUAAGCCUCGGGUAUGGCCUUUCAUAAAUAAAGGUUACUUUGGGCAUUGGAAAUUGAGCACUUGGAAUUGUUUGGAGGUCACCGCAAGAAAAUCAUUUCAGCUAGUUCCAUACGCUUAAAUUCCUAAUGCCCAAUUGUCAAUGACACAUUGCCAAUGUUGCGUUUAUUGAAUUAGGUAUAUGCGUUUUUUACAAUAACUGAGCGGAUUCUCGUGCGCUGAUUGGUUGAGAGCUAUGUUCGAUAAGAGAACAAACCUUGAAAAUGAUGUGAUGGUGGCGCCGUUUGUUUUCUAUUUCCUCCACGCGCAAUUUUCGAGAAACUUCAACGGAAAUGGACGUCAAAACUUUGGAGUGAGACCACUCGGCCGCGGCUUGUGGUUCCACUUGAACGUUUUGACGUCAUUUCUAUGGUCGAUAAAAGUAUAGACCAAUAAAAAUUGUUGUCGAUUUGCUAUGUUGCUUUUAAGAGACCCUCUUUAUUGAUUAGUCAUUAAAAGUCAGAUAAGUUAUUAUUAUUAUUAUUAUUAUUAUUAUUAAGUUAUUAUUAUUAAUUACUUUCAAAACUAUUCAGUAACAUUCCGAGUUGUCUUCACAAACCUCGGCGCGAGUGGGAGACUUCACCCAACUUCUCUUGGUAGUUACUACAGGGGACAGGAUCAUGACGGUCAAGUUACGUUGCACAGCGGUAUUCAACGUUGGACCGUGCCGUACACAGGCGACUACAGAAUAGAGGCAAUAGGAGCAGCUGGGGGGUACGACAAGAGCAGUAACGGGGGCAUAUUUCGUGGAAGAGGUGCUAGAAUGGAGGGGACUUUUAACUUAUCUCAAGGCGAAACAAUUCAAAUACUCGUGGGUCAAGAGGGUGGAAUUAACAAUGUAACUAAUUCUGCUGGAGGCGGUGGAGGUACGUUUGUGGCGAAUGGAAGCAACACGCCAUUGAUAGUGGCUGGUGGAGGAGGAGGCGUGAAUUAUUCCAACACAAGAUAUACUGGAUGUGAUGCAACGACGGCGACAACAGGGAGAACUGGGCACCUGUCAUUGGCGGGAGGCAGUGGUGGUCAGGGAGCACAGGUCGGCCAGAGUACAAAUUUAGGUGAGAGAAUUAAAGUGUAUAAGAGUGAAGAUGGUACAGACCCCAGUAAUUAUCAGCCUAUAAAAACUCUCUCAGCAUUCAGUAAUUAAAGUAUUGAGCGGCUAGUCUACAAUCAGAUAUAUUUCUUGUUAGAAAAGCACUAAUCUUAUGACCAUCAGUUUCGAUUUUAUUUAUUUAUUUAUUUUGAACAAUAUUUAUUCAGGGGUGCCCAGUUCAGUGAGGCUGGUUUGAAUGGGGCCCUGAUGAAAACUAAAAGAAAACACAAAAAACAAUAACAGAUAAAAAAAUUGGAACAACUAAGUAUAGCGAAAGUAUUGGAGGCUCAAUUUGGCUUGGAUCUUAAGCGCCUUUUUAGCCCAAACCCAAACUUAUUUAAAUCAUGCUCGCCCCUCAGGGUCAGAGGAAGCGUGUUCCAGAUCUUGGCUCCGCUGAACCUGAAGGAGCCCUGGUACUCAUAGUUGUCCAAGCUAGCGGCAGACGGAGCAAAUCUCUAUGGCGCGUGUUAUAUGAAUGGAAAUCACGUGCGUCGCUAAAUAGCUGGAGCCAGGCCAUGAAGGUUCUCGAUUCAGGAGGAUACUCCACUAAAGAGGCAAUUCUUAAAAAAAACUGACACUUUUGAAGUUAGCCCGAUAAAGGUCAAUCACACCUGGUUUAUUUCUUGUCUUAUCAACGCCUUUUGACACAGUAAAUCACAUCUCACUCUCUAAACUCUUUUCUAUAUUUUUGGAUUGUUUUAAAAGUUAUUUAAGGCCAUGAACUUGAGUAAACCAUUCAGCUCGCCGAAUUUUCUUCAACUGGACUUUUUUUAGUCCGUGAUAUUAACGUUUCGGAAAAAUUUCAUCCUGUUCUAGGCAUCGCAGCAAAAAAUAUUGCCAAUCAAUCCUUAACCCGCGAAACAGCCGUCUCUCCUCGCUCCUCGCGUCCCCAGCGGCAAGAAGUUCGCCACCCCUUUUUGAAUUUUUUUCUGGUAAAGGACACUUACAGUACAGUGAAUAGUGCUCUCCGUCUUUUAAACUACUGAGAAUCGGAAAGAAAAGGGAAUUUGUAAACCUUCUAUAUUUCUUUAUUUUAGGCGGUGGCGGUGGUGGGUUCUACUCCAGUGGACGAAGUUCAACGCACUUUGGAGGUUCCAUGGGGACUGGUGGAGAAGGAGGUGGAGGGUUUAUUCAGGGAGGAAUUGGUGGAAGAUCUUGGUUAAAAAAUGUUGUUGGGGGAUUUGGAGGAGGUGGUGGUGCUUAUGGAAGCGGAGGAGGUGGUGGUGGUGGUGGAGGCUACUCUGGGGGUGGUAGCGGGAAAGGUUUACAGGAAGCCUGUGGAGGAGGGGGAGGAUCCUACAACGCUGGAAAGAAUCAGCAAAAUGAAUGUUGUUUCAAUGCAGCUGGACAUGGUCAGGUGACCAUAACACUAAUUUAA